GAUACAUAUUAACCACAUUCCCGGCAAGUUCUUAUUAAUAUGCACAUCUUCGUCACGCCCACAGUUUCAUAACUCCCCACUUCCAUAUGAAGUGCUGCUUUGGCGAAUGAGUUAUGACUUAUUUUGCCACUUUAACUCCAACGCAUCAAGGAUUAAACUGCCCCAGGGAGAUCUGGCAGUCGGUGAACUCCACAGUGAGGUUUAUGAACAAUCAAUCCGGGACUAAAGAGCAAAGUGAUAAACAAAAACCACUCAGGCUCCGGCGCCCUCUCGACCGUACAACAGAGAAAGCUUGUAUAUUCUUUAGGUUCUCAUCCUUUACUCGAUACUCAUAGCAAAAUGCUUGCAUUCACUCUGGGCUUCUUUUUAAUCUGGUUUCUAUGCUGGUGGAUGCGAGACAAACUUAAGAUAGGAAAUGUCUCAGACAAGUAUGUGUUCAUCACUGGAUGUGAUACUGGGUUUGGAAAUCUUGCUGCAAAAGCCUUUGAUGUAGACGGAUUUCGAGUGCUUGCUGGCUGCCUGACUGAAGAAGGGGCUCAAGGCUUAAAGAAAGAGACUUCAAGCAGGUUGAAAACAAUCUUGUUGGAUAUAACAAAAUCUGAUAGUAUUGAGAAUGCAACCGAUCUGAUCAAAGUCGAAGUAGGAAACCGAGGUCUAUGGGGAUUAAUAAACAAUGCUGGAAUAGCUGGAAUAUUCUGUCCCACAGAUUGGCUACAGAUUGAACAUUUCAGAAGACCUAUUGAAGUUAAUUUAUUGGGACCUAUUGAAAUUACAUUAAAGUUGUUACCUCUGAUUAAGAAAGCCAGAGGAAGAAUAGUGAAUGUAAGCAGUGUGCUUGGUCGAUUAUCAUUGACUGGUGGAGGAUACUUCCCAUCAAAAUUUGGAAUGGAAGCUUUCAACGAUAGUUUAAGGCGUGAUAUGAAGCAUUUUGGAAUAAAAGUGUCAUGUAUCGAGCCUGGGAUGUUUGUAACCAAAAUGACAGAUUGCAACUUACAGCGUCAUGGAAAGCAAGAGCUCUGGGAUCACCUUUCACCUGAUCUGAAAAAGCAAUAUGGAGAAAAUUAUUUAAUACAAUCAGGUACCAGACAGGUGAAUUUAGUGAAGAAACUAUCAAGUACAGACCUUUCCAAGGUGGUGUGGUGUAUGGAACAUGCUCUGACAGCAAAGUACCCUCGGUCCCGUUACAGUGCAGGCAUUGAUGCGAAGCUCCUGUGGAUUCCAAUGACUUACUUACCGACAUUUGCUUCAGACUAUCUGUUGGCUCAGGAUAUUGUAAUAGAUUCAACUGCUAUAUGAAAAGACCUUCACUCCAUCUUCUAAACCAACAUCACUUUAAUGGAAGUAAUGAAACUGAUAAGAAAACAUCAAAAAGGAACAACUUCACACAUGCCGCCACAUGUUUCUGCAGUGAAAGAAGUGCUGUCAUAUAAACAAACUACAUGCAGGAGUGAGUCUGGAGUUUGUUUCAGGAGAUGAAAUAUGCCACUAUAGUAGUACCAGAUUGCUUACAGUUGUAUUUAUGAUAAGAAAUUCCAAAUAUUUUAAUGUUUUUAAAAUUUCAUUGUAAUGUUUUAGUUUUGGUGCCAUGCAUUGCCUCAAUCAUUCAUUUAGUAAUUUAAGUUAAACAUAAAGAGAUUCUGUAAUUUUUACUCCUGGCAUACUGUCUGUCAGAAUACUCCCAACAUGAUUGUUGCUUACCCAGUUUAGAGUGGUGUUGGAAAAGCACAGCAGGUCAGGCAGCAUCUGAGGACCAGGAAAAUUGAUGUUUCAGGCAAAAGCCCUUCAUCAGGACUUUUGCCCGAAACAUCAAUUUUCCCGCACCUCUGAUGCUACCUGACCUGCUCUGCUUUCCCAGCAUCACUUUAAUCUUGACUUUAAUUUCCAGCAUCUGCGGUAUCCACUUUCACCUAGCUUACCCAGUUUGAUUACUUUACUGUUACUGCAUGCUUAGAGCUCUUCUUGCCUUGGCUUUAGAUUUUAUCUGAUCUUGCAAAAGACUACAGAGAUCACUGGAUCUUUGCGGGAAGUUUUUGUUGAGUAUUGUAGUAAACAUUGUUUCAAUGAUUACCCUGAACCAGACGUUGUAUUUUCAACACAAGUGAUGAUUUUUCAGUGAUUUUUACAGCAGUCAUUUUUUUAAAAACUUACUAAUAUUACAGAACAUUUAAGUCCUGAAUUAUGAUUAUAUGGAAUUUAUACAUCUGUAUUUGGUAAUUUGUAUUAUGCUACUGGAGAGGGUGGGGCAAACCUGUCAGUCCUGAAAGGGUUGGGGGAGGCAGUACUAGGAACAGAAUCCAGUUCCACUAGUAUAAUUGUUCUGAUAUAAUCUUCCAUUUAUACAUGACAGUGAGUCACUCAUCCAUGAGCACAAUUAUUUAUUUUCCACUUAUUUUUUCUUAAAAGUAUGGUUGCUUGUUUUGAGUCAAUAUAUAUCUCCAAGAUGCAAUUUUUAAAA